AUGGUACAAGAGACCAUCCAUUUUCUCGUGGAAAAUGGCUUCACAAGAGGAAAGAUUGACAAUACAUUGUCUUUGAAGAAAUUGGGAAGGAACCUGCUCAUUGAUCAGAUUUAUGUGGAUGCCAUCAUAUUUGGAGCUACAGCUAACUCAUUAUGUGAAAAAUCUGCUAAACUCAUGGGAAGUGAGUUUGAAAUGAGUAUGAUAUGCAUGGGCAUCAUUGGAUCUCUACUCUACCUUACUGCCAGUAGUCCAGACAUUGUAUUUGGUGCGAGAUUAUGUGCAAUGUUCCAAUCAAAUCCUGAGGAAUCUCAUCUGAAGGCUGCUAAGAGAAUUCUGAAAUAUUUUAAGGGUAGACAGAACCUGGUUCUAUACUAUACUUCAGGUGACAAUUUCAACCUUAUUGGUUAUGCUGACACUGAUUAUGCAGGCUAUCUGGUGGAUAGUAAAAGCACAUCUAGAAUGGCUCAUUUCCUUGAAUCAUGA